CUCUUCAUAUGUGGCAUGACGGAUGCCCAGCUGUCUCAGGUAGAUUCGGCGACGUCAGCCAUGUUCAGGAAACUUCCAAUCUGGGAAGUUCCCCAUCCAGAUGAUGACGGCAUCAACAUCCACCAUGUUGGUAAUGAUCCCUGGACUUUGUCGUCGGUGUUCAACGAUCCAAUACAUGGGCUUGUGCCAAUGCACCCUUUGCUGGUCCGCAUCAUUGACACACCCCAGUUCCAGAGACUUCGCUUCAUCAAGCAGCUUGGAGGGGCCUGCUAUGUCUAUCCUGGGGCGACCCACAACCGCUUUGAGCACUCCAUAGGAGUGAGUCACCUGGCAGGGAGACUGGUCAAGGAGCUGAAAGAGCGGCAGCCAGAACUUCAAAUCACUUGCAGAGACUUCCUCUGUGUGCAGAUCGCUGGCCUCUGCCACGACCUGGGACAUGGCCCUUUCUCCCAUUUGUUUGAUGGGAUGUUUAUCCCCAAAGUCCGUCCUGAAAGUGAGAAGAAAAAAUGGAAGCACGAGGAUGCGUCCGUGGCCAUGUUUGACCACCUUGUCAAGGAAAAUACAUUGAAGGAUAUGAUGAAGGACCAUGGUCUGGUCCCGUCUGAAGACCUGGACUUCAUCAAGGAACAAAUUGCUGGACCGAUUGACAAAACCCCUGGGAAGGUAACAGUGACAGCAUGGCCUUACAAAGGCAGACCAGUGGAGAAGUCCUUCCUGUAUGAAAUCAUAGCCAACAAGAGAAACGGUGUUGAUGUUGAUAAAUGGGACUACUUUGCCAGGGACUCCUACUACCUAGGUCUUAAGAGUAACUUUGACCAUGACCGCUUUAUCAAAUUUGCCCGAGUCUGUGAUGUGGAUGGGGAGUAUCAGAUCUGUACCAGAGACAAGGAAGUGGACAACCUGUAUGACAUGUUCCACACCAGAUUCAGCCUCCACAGACGAGCCUACCAGCACAGAGUGGUCGAAGCCAUUCAGCUCAUGAUCAGAGAUGCCCUUGACGAAGCAAAUGAACACAUCAAGAUUGAAGGCUCUGGGGGGGAAAUGUUCAGAAUGUCAGACACCAUAUUUGACAUGGAGGCCUACACUAAACUCACAGACCAUGUGUUUGAGCAGAUCCUCUACUCCUCCUCUCCUGAGCUGACUGAGGCAAGAAAGAUUCUAGAGAGAAUCACCCACCGACGUCUCUACAAGUGUGUGGGCCAGAUCUUACAGGACAAGGACAAUUUGGAGGACGAGGUCAUGGACAAGGUCAAGAGAUGGAAAAGUGACGUGGCGAGUAAAAAUAAUUUGGAUGCAAAUGACUUUGAACUCCGUGUCAUCACAAUGGACUAUGGGAUGAAUAAGAAUGACCCAAUUGACCAAAUGCGCUUCUACAAAAAGGAAGAACCAAACAAAGCUUUCAAAAUCUCUAAGGAUCAGGUGUUAUACCUCAGGCCCGAGAGCUUUUCACAGCAUCAGAUCAGGAUCUACUAUAAGAAGGAGACUGAGGAAAAGACUAUAAAGGCCAUUAAGGACGACUGGAGCAGCAACUUCCCAGAAUCACAGGAGGAACCCCAGAAUGAGUGAGGGCCAGAACAGAAGAUCAGGAGAACCAAAGAAUAAAGAAACAGAAAGUCUGAGUGUUCUUCCCAGAGAACCUUCUUCUCAAAUGAUUUAGCACAGUGAUAUUUAGUAGGUGUCUAAUGAGCAUUGUGUUGUGUAACAGAUGUGUAACUUGUGUUAUUGUUAAACUGCUAUGCGUCUUGGAACUGCACCCAAGACUUUCACCCACUGGUGCACUUGUGUACAUGGUUAAGUGACAAAACGGAUUUGAUUUGUUUUAAUGGAGAUGAUGACAAAAUGAUUAAGAUGCAAAAAAGAAAUGAGUCACUGAGUCAGCCUUGUUCAAACACUUUAUUCAAUUUCUGCCUUUUCUCCAAUCACUCUGAGAUGUCAUCUCUUUCAUGUAGUUCAGAUGAUUAAAAAAACUAAAAACGUAUAUUUAUAUAUUGUUAGAUGAAAAUGAAUUGGAAUGCAAGCAUCAAAAUGUCUUUAUUUUUGUGUUUUUUGGGGGGUAGAAGACAUGUUGAUUCUGUCUGGGAUUUCAAACCAAGUUAGCAUCAUAAUCGUAGCCUACAUAUUUAACAUUGGCUAUUCAAAUAUUUUAAUGGAUGUGGUAGUGGGCUGAGCCUUUCAACAUGUUAUUCCAAUGACUGUCCACCCUGAGUGUCAUUUUAGUGUUUAGUUUAAGUUUGUCUCCCUCUACAGGAUGAGAUAAUGGCCAAUAGGCCCAGGUGUGGCUUACUGAGUGCAAAAAGCUGUUCUUGCAAAUUAGUUAUUAGGAUCCUGAUUUCUUUCCACAUUUGUUAAUGUUUUUUGUACCUGUCUUUUAAUCUGGAACAUGAAAACGGAAUAAAAUAUUAAAAAUACAUUUUUUGGUUUUCAACUA